AGAGAUCAUACUGCCCAGUGUUUAAAAGAAAGUUUGUUACAAUUUAAAUAAGAUUAAGCUUCUAAAAGAACUUAAAGAUCUAAUAAAAUUCUUGCAUAAAAGAUUAAAAAUAUAUAUAAUUUAGAUAAUAAAAACUGGAGAUAUCUCUCUAUCGAUUUCAAUUAUUUGAAACUUGAAUACAUUGAUGAUGGUUACAUAUAGUUUAGAAGUGUUAAUAAAUAGAUUAAUCUGUUAUAAAGUCGAAGAGAUCCACAAUUUGAUUAUUAUUUAAUAGAAUUUAAUAUCUUUUAAGACUUCAAAUCAAACACUGACUUUGCAAAUAUUUCUUAUGUACUCUCCGUUUUGUAUUAUAAUUAAAUUUAAAUAAAUGAGGUGGGUCAGAAAAUACAAUUAUUAUUUAAUAUGUGCUUGAUUCUAGAUAACUAAUUAUAAAUGUAUUCGCAGUUUUAAGGCAGAACCAUAAAAAACCUAUGGUCUUAAUGGCGUCCAUUGCCAUUUUUUCUAUUGGCUAGAAUUAUGUUGUUACUUUAAUCUUGUAGUAUAUUUCUCGUCUUACACGAGUUGACGUUCUGAUAUCACAUAAUCUUAAUUCAUUUAUAUCUAAAGGUCGCACUAAAUAAAUAAACAAUAUGUUUUUAUAAUAUCUAAGAUCAAAUGGUCGAUAUAUUUCAAUUAUUUAUUUCAAGGCUCCUUAUUUUUUAAACCUACAAGCAUUUAACAUAACAUUAUAUUUUUUAAACAUUGCGUUUUGAAACCCGUUCACCAGUCAUUAGCCGGUCGCUAAUGCAAAUAUUUAACGUCAUUGUCAUUUGCGAAUUAACAUAAAUAAAGUAAAAAUAAACAGUUCGCUGUUGUUUUCACAUAAUCUUUAUUUAAUUUCUCAUAAAUGAAGCUUUUAAAACCCAGCUGGGUGAAUCAUGAAGACAAACCAAUAUUCUCGGUGGAUAUUCAUCCAACUGGGAAACGGUUUGCUACUGGAGGACAAGGCGGUGACUCCGGUAGAGUCGUUGUUUGGAACUUGAACUCUGUUUUAUAUGAAGAGGUUGAAGUGGACCCAAAUAUUCCGAAAAUGCUCUGCCAAAUGGACAACCAUUUAGCUUGUGUAAAUUGUGUGCGAUGGAGUAAUGAUGGUCGCUAUCUGGCAUCUGGUGGUGAUGAUCGGCUGGUGAUGGUGUGGGCGCUAAGUGUGGCCACCUGUGCGGCCGGUAAACGUAAGACUGAGAUGUGGAGGUGUAUAUCGACUUUAAGGGGUCAUGCAGGUGAUAUCCUGGAUCUGGCGUGGUCACCGUCGGAUAAAUGGCUGGCAAGUUGUAGUGUUGACAAUUCCAUAAUAAUUUGGAACGCGGAGAAGUUUCCGGAAAUGGUUUCUGUGCUCAAUGGACAUACAGGCCUUGUGAAAGGUGUCGCUUGGGAUCCGGUGGGUAAAUAUUUAGCAUCACAGUCGGAUGACAAGUCAUUAAGAAUAUGGAAAACAGCUGACUGGGCAACGGAAAAGACAAUCACAGAUCCCUUUGAAGAAUGUGGAGGAACAACCCACGUGCUCCGUCUAUCGUGGUCUCCCGAUGGCCAGUAUGUGUUAUCGGCCCAUGCUAUGAACGGUGGAGGACCCACAGCUGGGGUCGUGGAGAGACAGGGCUGGCUCUGUGACAAAGACUUUGUUGGACAUCGGAAGGCGGUCACUUGUGUUCGCUUCAACAGUAACAUCUUCGUGAAGGAGGGGAAGAAGUGUUGUUGCGCCGCCGUGGGCUCCCGCGACCGGGCGCUGUCCAUUUGGCUGACCUCCCUCAAGAGGCCGCUGGUGGUCAUACACGAGCUGUUCGGGAACGGCGUCCUCGACCUCUCCUGGAGCUCCGACGGUCUCAAUCUACUGGCGUGCAGCUCAGACGGGACCGUUGCUUGCAUAAUGUUCACAAACAAGGAGAUCGGAACACCGCUCACGGUCGACGAGAAGAAUUCAUUUUACGAGAAAAUUUACGGCAAACGAUUAAUGAACGAUUCGGGCGGCGACCUGUCCUCAAACCUGUUGGUCGAGUGUCCAGAGAUAAUACUGGCCAGAGAGAAACAGGAGACGAAGAAGGAACCGCCCAAAGACGAAACCACGCCCAAGACUUACAAGUUCCAGGCCGGGCCGGUGUCGACGCCGCCCAUGGACCGUCAGAUAGAGACGCGGACCUCGGACGGCAAGCGGCGCAUCACUCCCGUCUUCAUCCCGCUCACACCAGCCGACACCAACGAGUCCCUGGGCUCUCAGCCGGCCACUGAGAACUGUUUCAGCACUUCCUCGCAGAACAAGUCGCGGAUCCGAGUGGAGAGACGGGACGACAUCGUCAUACACCCCAACGUGAGCAACCACGCCACGACGCCCAAGACCGACCCCGGUGUAGACAACCGUCUGCGCAAGCGCACGUCGUCGCCCCUGCCGGGUCCCCGGCUGGAGUCGGUUCCGGACAAGCGCUGGUGUCCGUCCCCCGGGGACCGCCCUCCGGUAGGUCCGCCGCCGCCCGCCCUCGGAGCCGCCGGGCCCGUGGUGAGAGCCGCGGGGGGCCUUCGGUUACAGGUUUUGAACAGAGCUUGCAGCACGUACUUCGGCACGUUGUCUCGGCUGGAGCUCAUACCCAACAACUCGGCCUCCAACGAUCCUAUUUGGGACACAUACUUGGGUUCUCCCGUGACCUGCAUCGCGUGUGACGCUCGCUGGGCGUGCGUGUCGUGCGCCGAUGGCUCGCUGCACGCGUGGCGUCUAUCCCGCACGCACGCAACACGCGCGUUGCCGCCUAUCGCGCUGUCGUCGCAGGCGCGCCGCUUGUCGCUGGCGGGCGACAUGCUGUCGGUGGUGACCAUGUCCGCGCAGCUGGUCGUGUGGGACCUGGCGACGGCGUCGUGCCGCGUGCGCCCGCUGUGCUUCAGGAACCUCCUCUCGUCGGAUGACGUGACCGUCACGAACUGUUCGUUGCUGGACGACAACCCCGUGCUGACCCUCAGCAACGGCAAGAGUUACAUAUACUGCAUGAAGCUCUGCGCCUGGGUGAUCUGGUCGGACGUGUGUGACCCCGUCCGUCGCGCGGGCGGCGGGGUGUGUCUGCGCGCGCCCCGCGUCCCUCACCACACGCAGCACCCUCCGCAUCAAAGAACCAUUAGAACGCUCGUUAACGCCCAGUCAUCGUUGGGAGCGUCUCGCUCGUGGCUGGAGGCUCAGCUGGCGGCCUGCCUCCACCUGCGACUCGCGCCCGACUACAGACACUGGCUCACGGCGCUGUUCGAGCAUCUCCUGCAACACGGUACUGAGGAACAGAUCCGACAGAUACUGGACGAAAUGCUCGGCCCCAGCCACUGUACGUCGACGCCCAAGAAGUGGCAGAGUACUGUUCUGGGAUUCAAGAAGCACGAUCUCCUGGAAGAGAUGCUUUCGCUGCUGGUGAGGCAGCUCCGCUGGCAGCGACUCUACACGGAGUAUAACGAUCAGCUCAAAGCCUUCAGAGAGACCACGCUCGUCAACGGGUUCUGAGACUUCGAGACUAGAAAUACUGAAGCGAUUGCAGCCAACAAUAUAAAUAAAACAAAAUCGGCUAUCAACAAUUACACAUCGUCCCCGCACUUUCAAUAUUUUAAUUCGUACUCAUUCGUGAUAGAAGUUAUAAGUAAAUUAUUUUUCUCACCCUGUAUAAGACCUCUGUUCGCAAUACACUGCCAUCUUGAAUAUUAUGCUACGUGAUAAAAUGAGGAUAAUACGCUUAAUGUAUGGGAGUGAAUUUGUUCAUUUAAGUAUUAUAGCUAGAUAGUAAUUUAUUUUUGUCAAAAAAAAAACGAGCAUGCUAUGUGAGGAAUGGCUGGCUCGGGAAGUCAUGCCAAUAGUUACUUUUAUGAAGUGUUUAAAAAUCUUUUAGUAAGUUAUUUGUGUCUCCGCCGCGCCAAUCCUCUGGACGUUUCUUUAAUAAUGUAUGAACUAUUCUCACACAUUACAUCAUAACGUCUGUCCCCGGUUCAUUCGGAUCUUAUCUCUAUUGCACAUAUUUUUCUUUUCGGUACCAAACUAUGAAAAAUAUUUUUAUUUUAUAUAAACGUAAUAAGUCCAUUCUGUCUCAUUGCAUGUUUGUUUAUGUUCAAACCCUUAUAAGUGCGUAUGAUUUGACAUCUCAAGAUCGUCCGCUCGUCGAGUGUGUAUCCGCCUAUAAAAUAAUUAAAAUCUAAACUCCUAGCGACGGGAGGGUGUAGUUGUAAGGUAUACAAUAUUUAAUUAAGUGACAUGUAAAUAAUAUUAUACGAGAGUAUUUGUAGGAACCACAGACUUGUAAUGAAACUGCCCGUUUUAUAAUUUUGUAAGUUGUUUGGUUGUGACGCGUCGCUCGUGAGACGGCGGCCUUUUGGAUGACAUUUAAUAAGUCAGAAUUAAAAUAAAACGACUGGCAACACGUCUGUAUACAGAUAUGUUAGAUUAACGAAUUUUUUUUGAUUAUAAAAGGAAUAAUAUUUUUUACGUUUGAUUUUCGUGUGUUCACGGCCUUAUGUCACUGUCUAUUGUGCCAACGUGUCGACCGCAGCUAGCGCGCGAUGUCAGCAGUUAGCGAAUACAAGACUUGUAGAAAUAAAUCGAUUCAUUUUUAUAAAA